AUGUCGGGAGCCACCAGUGAUCAGCUGCACAGAUCAACUUUAUCUGUCUAUGUGAACCUGAUGGAGCACUUCAACCCUGGCCUUCAGAAGCUUGUUGCUCUGGGAAACAGCUAUGUCAAAGCUUUCCAAGCCCUAGCUGUUUCCAGUGAGGCCUACUUCAGUGCUGUAGCUAAGAUGGGUGACCAGGCCCUUCACACACUUUCAUCUCGCUCUCUUGGGGAUGUUCUGAUCCAGAUAUCCGAAACACAGAGGAGACUCACCGCAGAGAUGGAGGGAGUGUUUCGAUGGUUCCAGAUAGAAGUGUUGCAAGCCAUGGAGAAGAAUGUCAAGCUGGACGAGGAGUACAUUGAUGGUAGUCGCAGAGUGUAUGAGCUGGAGGUGAGGAACCAGGCAGAGACUUUAGAGAAACAACUCAGACGAGGAGCCUACAGAGACUCAUUGGAGAACAGUGAGUACAUGCUUUACCUGAGGCAGAGCCAGCAGGAGAUUCUGAAGGAAGAGGAGAGGAGGUAUCGCUUCUUGGCAGAAAAACACUGUGGCCUCACUCAGUCGCUGCUCUUCCUUAUAAACAAGACUGGUGCGUCUCUCCAGCAAAAAGCAGAUGGAUGGAAGGAGAAAGUGAAUGACACCAGAGGAUCCAGACCUCGAACUCCAACUCAUUUGGACCAAGAGGCGCAGCUGCGAGGUUCGGUGAGCUCCCUGCUGCAGACAGUAGCCAGAGAUGAAGAUAUGUCCUGGGCCAGGAGGGAGCAGCAGGCGCUGGGCAGAGUGCCCUCUAGAGCACCGUCUCCCCUCCCCAGCCGCUCCCGCUCCAGCUCAGUGGGGGAAUCUCUGGGUCUGGGUGGAGGCAGAGCCAUGAGAGCGCUGGUGUCUCACCCCUCCUCAUCCAACCCAAAGCUUCUACCUUUCAACAGGGGAGAGACUGUCACCGUGCUGGUCCAGGAGCCACGCAAUGGGUGGCUGUAUGGACGCACUGACAGCAGCCUGCGUCAGGGCUGGUUUCCUGCUGCUUAUGUGGCUCCUAUCGAGGAUUUCUCCAACACUUUAGCAACAAGAAGCCACAGUAUGAACAAUCUGCUGGACCCCACUGACACCCACACCGACCAAUCAGAGAGCAAAGGCUAUGGAGAUGUCCCUCCACCAGCCACACCCAACCGCAGAGCCUCUGCAGACUUCCGGCCAAUCUCCCCUCUCCCUGAGAAGAAGCUGGAGCCAGCCAUGGAGACGAAGAGUUACAGUGAACAUCCACCUCCACCACCUCCUCCUGCCCCGAGUCAGAAUCUUCGAAGGGCCUCUGUAGAUUUUCGACCAAUCUCUCCUCUUCCUGACAGGAGGGGUGAAUCAGCAUCUGAUCAGGUACCAGAGGCAUUAUCACCCCAUGGGCCACCUGAAAAUCCACUGUUUCCCAGGGGCACAAACCCAUUCGCCACCGUAAAGCUUCGCCCCACGACAACCAAUGACAGAUCUGCGCCUCGGAUCCUCUGA